AUGAAUACAGGAAAUGAAAGCCAAAUGGCAGAGUUUAUGCUAUUGGGAUUCCCCAGCAGCAGAGAACUGCAAUUACUUCUAUUUGUGGUCUUAUUAGGAUUUUACCUCCUGACCGUUUCUGCAAACCUGCUCAUUAUUGGGACUGUAACAUUAAAUUUGAAUCUCAGGAAGAUUCCUAUGUACAUUAUUUUGUGCCACUUUUCUUUUCUUGAGAUCUGGUAUAUCACUUCUACUGUUCCAAAAAUGCUGGUGGACUUCACGGUUGACAACAAAUUAAUUUCUUAUAAAGGCUGCAUCACACAGAUCUAUUUCUUUUUUGCAUUAGGAUUCACUGAGCUCUUCUUCCUUGCCAUGAUGGGAUAUGACAGAUAUAUGGCAAUAUGUCAUCCACUACGUUAUAACUCCAUUAUGACAAGAAAACUAUGCAAUCAGUUGGCAAUGUGGUCCUGGAUUUGUGGCUUUUCCAGCAGUUUCUUAUUAACCAUUCCCAGCUCUAGACUUUUAUUCUGUGGUCCAAGAGUCAUAAAUCACUUUUUUUGUGAUUUUGUUGCAUUACUAAGCAUCUCCUGCAAUAAAACAUUUGCUACAGAUGCGUUAUGGUAUGCCUUUGCUUGGAUUAUUAUACUCUACUCUUUUCUCCUUACCACGCUUUCAUAUGUACAUAUAAUAAAGACAAUUAGUCACCUUCCGUCUCUGUUAAGUAGAAGAAAGGCAUUUUCCACAUGUGUCUCCCAUUUGACAGUUGUCUUGACCUUUUAUGGCACAAUCACUUUUAUUUAUAUCCGCCCAACCACUCAAUACACUAUACAAAUGGAUAAAUUUGUAUCUGUAUUUUAUGCUAUUGUAAUUCCAUUACUGAAUCCAAUAGUGUACACGCUUCGAAACAGAGAGGUCCAUGAUGCAUUAAGAAAAAUAAUUACAUAUUGA